GAGCUGCGUAGUCUGGGAAAUGUUUAAAUAUCCAGUCUAAAGAUAGAGAGGCUAGCAUUCACGGAUCCACUCCCUUCCAGAGCUGCUGCUCUCUAGAUUUGUUUGAAAACAACCCCCGUUGAGAAAUGGAGGACGAAGAUGGAUAUAUGGCAAUAGAAGCUAGAAGAAGGGACCUCUAUAUGCAGCCCUCUCCAAAGGAGGCACAAGAUUCAUCUUCCAAAUGCUGCAAAAUCACAACAGUUGCUUUCCUGAUAGGAAGCCUCGCUCUGAAUGUGGCUCUAAUUACUCUUAUAAUAGUUUUCCAGGUGAGAAACGCACCUGCCAGUUCCUGCCCAUUGCCUUCCCCUAACUCAUGUGAAUGGAUCCCAGGCAGUUCAACAGAAGGUGUACGUCUGGACCCCAAUACUGCUCAUCGACGGAUCAUCAUCUCUCCAGAUCAGAGAAGUGCUAAAUGGGGACCAGAAGAGCAGCCCCGUCCGAACAAUACUGAACGAUUUGACCAGCAUGUUUGGGUCCUGGCCCAAAAAGGUUUCACCUCAGGAAAACACUGCUGGGAGGUUGAAGUGAAGGGCAAUGGGGAGUGGGCCGUGGGGGUCGCCAAGCAGUCACUGAAAAGAAAAGGGCUGCCCGAUUAUAGCACCACAGAAGGCAUCUGGGGCAUUGGGGAAUACUGGGGACUGGGUAAGUAUUUUGCUUUCACAGCCCCCCAACACACCCCACUUUCCUUUGACAAGAAGCCACGGAUGAUUCGGGUCUUUCUGGACUAUGACAACGGAAAGGUGGAAUUUUUCAAUCCCGAAACCAAAUCUUCCAUCUACACUUUCUCUUCAGCCCCAUUUUCUGGGGAAACAAUCUUACCUUGGUUCCGUGUGUGGGACGGAACUGAACUUGUCCUACAUCCCUGAGACAUUGCCAUUGGCACCAAACUGGUCCUUCUGUAGACUGGAGCAUCUUGCAGCAUUCAUGGACUGCCAAUCCACAUUGAAGAGGAGUGGGCAACAGAGGGCCACCAUGCAUUUUGGCAAACAACCUCCAUCUGCUCUAGUGAGGGAUGAUGGGAGAUGUAGUCAAAAAGCUUUCAGAAGGUCACUUUCACCUCCAUAUCUCCACUGCAUUGCUAUGCUUGAAUCCUAGAAUGGAAAGGAUGGUAAUAACACAGCUGAUUCUCUGUUCCUAAAAAGUGGCUUUGGCCAUGGAGAUACUCGAUACAGUGUUCCCUCACUACUUCGCGGUUCUGGUUUAAUGGACUCACUGUUUUGUGGAUUUAAAAAAAUAUUAAUAUAUAUCAUAGUAUUUUCACUGUGGGUUUUUGCCGCCGCCGCUCUCCAAGGUGCUUUCCCUCCUCUGUCCUCCCUCCCUCCAGCCUUGAAGAGGAGCUUUUGCACAAUUAAAACUUGUGAGGCAGUUGCGCCCAUACCUUAGGAAGUCAGACUUGGCCACGGUAGUUCAUGCUCUGGUCAUGUCCCGAAUAGACUACUGCAAUGCACUCUAUGUGGGAUUGCCCUUGAAGAAUGUUUGGAAGCUUCAAAUGGUCCAACGAGUGGCAGCCAGACUGUUCACCAGAGCAGUGUACAGAGAGAGGACAUCCCUCCUUUUGUGUCAGCUCCAUUGGCUGCCGGUCUGCUACCGAGCAUAAUUCAAAGUGCUGACUUUAGCCUAUAAAGCCCUAAACGGUUCCAGCUCAGCUUAACUGUCUGAACAUAUCUCCCUCUAUGAUCCACCUUGGAGGCUAAGAUUGUCAGGGGAGGCCCUGCUCUCGGUCCCAUUCCCCUUGCAAGCACAAUUGGUUGGGACAAGAGGCAGGGCCUUCUCAGUCGUGGCCCCUUGUCUAUGGAACUCCUUCCCCAGUGAAAUUAGAAGGGCAUCCCCCCUCCUAGCUUUCAGGGGAAAAAAACUAAAAGCUUGACUCUGGAAUCAGGGGUAAUGGGAGCAAGGCAAUAAGAGAUUGUAAAUUAAUUUUAAUGAUGCCCCAGAAUAUGACCUGGACUAUGUGAUUUUAAUUGUUGUUUUAAUUGUUAUGUUUUAAUUGGAUGGUUUUAAUGUUUGUUUUUCCAUUGAUGUAUGUAUACAUGCGGCUUGAGUCCCCUUCCAGGUUAAGAAAGGUGGGAUACAAGUAUGGUAAAUAAAUAAAUAAAUAAAUGAGGAUGAGGGGCACACUGGUGGGGAAAUAUUGGGGGUUGGGGAGUAUAUUUAGUUCUAAAUGUAAGUUUAAUUGUAUGAAUAUUUUUAUUGUAUCAUAACUAACUGUACUUUAAUCUGUAUCCAUGACACAAAUCUUUAAUUGUUUUUUAAAUUGUUUUUAAUUUUUGUAUUUGCCAUAUUUUUACAUUGAUUGGGUUGUGUCCUGUUAUUGCAAGCUGCCUUAAAUCCUCAUUAGAAGAAAGACAGCGUAGAAAUAAAGUUAAGAAAUAAAUACAAUCCACAUAAA